UUUGAUCCAGACUGGGGGAUAAAUGUGAGUUCAUUCACAAUUGUGAACGCUGAUAUUCUGAGCAGCCGACACUUGAGCCCGCACAGUGAUAAUCAGAGAUGUGAUGUGAAUAAAAAUGUCGGCUUUAUAGCUGAGAUGAACGUUCCUGCUGGGGGGUGCAACAUCACAGUGAACCUGCUUUAAACCUCAUCCUCACCAAGGUUUCGUUACGCACCAUGACUGCCUCUCUUUUUGUGAAAUUGCUGUGUUGCUGCUCAGCCUGGAACAAACUUUAACACCUCGAGUAGGAGGAGGAACACUACUACUACAACAACUACUAUUACUAUAACUCCCACCACUUCCACAGAGCCAUAAUGGAGCCGGCUUCACCGCCCCACCGUGCGCCCUGCGAUUGGGGCACCAUAAUGUUGACGGAUUUCUGAUCCAACCCAAGACAGUGCCCGGUUCUUCCAAUAGCAGCUUUAAGUGAAAAGGCGUGCCUGCUUGGCCCCCCCUCCACCACUACCACCCCUCAAAGUACUCGAUGUAUAGUUAAAAAAUGGGAGGGCACACUUGAACCGAGCUGCUCUAUGAAGGUAGGCUGCAGCGUGUGUUUAUUGAUGAGAUGAAAAGAAGAUGGAAGUGAGAAAUGAAACAAAGUAAAGGAACAUAUUAAAAAAAUUAAACUGUACGCGCUUCGUCGGGGGAAAAUAGGGGGAGCCGUGGAAACGCUGUCGGCCACUUUUUGACAAGCUUCGAAGUGCAGGUAAGAAAUUGAGAAAAGUAGGAAAAGGGAUGGGUCUUUACUAUAAUCUAUAACGCUGAUAUUACAGCCGAGAAAUAUGAGAAAUUUCAGGUGUGAGAGAUGGAAACAUGCGCGGUGACUUUAGCCUGUUAUGCAUGAAAUACCUCUGACUUCCAUGUAGUUGUGGCAGGCUUUAUCCACCAAAUUUUCAGCUCUACAUAAUCGCAAACUUCGUUCUCUCUCAGACAUUGAAUAAAUGUGACGACAGCGUACCAGAUGAAAUGUCCCUCAUGUUUGAGGGGCUCAGGUUUUGGGCUGCCAGAGGUUUUUGUUGUCCAUCAAUUCGGUUACAAAAACGCGCUGCCUGCCCCUGCCAUGACGCAAGUUUCCCAUCUGUCAUUAUUCUCAACAUGCCCCCUUUUACCUUUAGCCCUUUACUUUCGGAUUUGCCCGUGAGCCGGCCAGGGGACACUUGAGAACAAUGCUGUGGUCAAAGUGUGUAACUCACAGAUCUGUUUCUCUCUCAGUCAGCGAUGCUCGCAGGCUCCUGCUUCACAUUUUACACACUGUGAGCCCGGAACAACUGUGGCAGCCGACGUGCGCAUUUGGCUUUUAGGUCAGUUAUUUGAAUCAGAGGAAACGCGUUUCCUCGUUGAAAUUAACCACAACCACACACUCUUUGUAAAAACAGUCAUUUCUGAAAUGCGCUUCAGUUUGUUGAACUUGCCGGGUACAUGGUUUCGAUGUCUGAAAUUCACCAUUUGGCUACAGCAGCGGCUCACACAGCAGCGCUUAUACUCAGACAGAUGUCUCGCCUACAUUUUUUAUGAAUUAAUAUCAAUACGGCGUGGCAUUUCGGAGAUUGGUAACAUUACGCCCGGGCAUGCUCCUUGAUAUUAUGUAUGAGGGGUAAAACAAUACAGCAGGCUCAGUUUCUAAAAAAGAAAUCAGAACCAGAUCCAGUGGGACUCAGCUCUGGAUUUUUUUUUUUUUUUUUUUGGUGCCAUGUUUCUCCAAAAAUGAAUGAUCACUUUAAAUCGUCGCAAUCCGCUUUGAGUCGUAGUUGAGUGUGUGUGUGUAUGUGGAAAUGUUUGCGAUAUGGAGGAUGUUUUUUUGGCAAAGCCUGGCCUAGAUAUGGGGCCAUGCUCUGGUGAAAUUAAAGUUGCAAGAGACGCUUCCUACGUGCCUUCUGAGACGUUUUGUUGCAAAAUAUUCAUGGGCAACUCGUGAUUCCUUCGCUUCUGUUUAUCAAAUGGCAGUGCAGAUGUACUUCGUUUGUUGGAUAAAGUUUAAAAAAUAGGUUUUUGUGCACAACUUUAGCUCAGAUAAAUAUAAACGGAGCAAUGCAUUUCCGAAAUCCUCUCUCUUGAGGGCCACAGGGAGUUGAGCCGGAGCAACAUGUCAGUCUUGUUCUUUAGGGCUUCAUUUGUCCCUCCGCGCGUGCAUGAGCGUGUGUGACGGACUGAGAAAGGGACAGAGACAGAGAGGGAGAGAGCGUGCGUGCGUGCGUGUAUGUGUGUGUAUGUGUGUGUGUGGCAAACAGAUGCUGUCCCAAAGCGCUUGGCUUUGUCAGAUAAAGAGAGGAAUACAUCGUGUUCUCGUGGCCAGAAGACGCACCACUGAUAGUUUUUUCUCUUUAAAAACAGCACGUCCACGUUAUUGACCACACUCUCUCCUGUAGCCAGAAGUUUUUCGCAGGUAUAGAGCUGUGCGUCAACACAUUUGUCAUGUCAGAGGUUGUAGCUGGUCCGCGAGGAGACACAAACAAGAAGGCCGGUCCGAGGUUUGGCACAGAGGAGGCUGCAUGAGAGCGCAGCGCUGCGUCCGGCGCACAAACGGUCUGUGGAUGUGCACCUGUGCGCGUGUGUGUGAUCGUAUGUGUAGAUUUUUUUUUACCACAUAAUAAUGCAUUCAUCCUUUUACACUUCUGUUGUGAUCACUUCCUCUCCACCUCCUCCGCCUUCAUUCAGAGUAUGUUUCCACAACGUAAAUGCGCUGCGAUCCUAUAGGCUCGGUUAUGUAAUUGGCGGCUGCACUGGAUGAUUUGUUUUCUGAAUGGACACAUUUGGAGAACACAGAGCUGAGCUGAGCGCUGUAGCACAAAUGCAACGUUUCUCUUUGAUUUCAGCUGUGCAUGAUCAUAAAUGUGUGCUAUGAAUUGGAGCAUGUUGAUUGACAGGCUGCAUGUGGGUGAGCAAAGUGUAAAUGAUGUUGUCACAAAGCCUGGAUGGAAUGCCCUUCAUGUGAAAAGAAACUCCACACCAGUUUAAUACCUGUAUUUUUGGAUAUUUUAUUGUCAGAUGAAUUGGAGGGUACUUGUCUUGUGUGUGAGUGAGCUCUCAGCACGGCUUGAUGUCAAAAACUCUCGUUUUAUCAGCAUAGAGGUGUACAGGAGCUGCUGAGAGAGAGACAGCCAUUAUGUGCCAUGGGAGUGUUUGUAGUGCAGAGUAUCAGGUGCCCAGUUUCAUCUCUGUUAAUGAGAAUUUAUAUGAAUAUAUUCCACAUGUACAUUAAUAUUCACUGUGUUCCAGCCAUCGCCAUUUGCCCGCCUUCUGUGUCACGGCUAAAACCCACCCAUGACUAAUGAAUAUUUAAGAGCAUGUCUGCAGACCAAGGAACUCAUUAUUAUAUGAAGGAGACCAGCAGAUAAACUGCAGACCUUCUCAGAUGGAGGCUGAGGGGGGGUGUGAGGUGCUCUCUUAAUCCACACUCAGCAAUCAAUCCCAAUUUUCUUUGGCUUCACCAUCCUUCACUUGUCCUCUGUAGCUUGCCCCCAUUCACACUCAGUAAUUUAUUAUUGACCACCAAACUGUCAUGAUGUGUUCAUAGGCUUUAAUUUUUAAAUGUUUUCCAGCUGGUUUAGUCACUCUUUCUCACAUUUCUCCCACCUGAUUAUUUGGGUAAAAGUGUAAGGAUACCAUGCUGUACUAAUGUAAUGAGUGCCUCUUUGGAAGGGACAUGCAACACAGAAAAAAAAAACAAUCAUCUUGUACAGUACAUGCACACAGAUGGCGGGUCAGUUUUCCAAAUAAUUUUUUAAGCACAGCAAAGGCUCUGCUGCCCAAAUAGGCAAGAUAGAGAGAUCUCUGUGAAGCCUCCGCAACGCCACUUUUCUGGUUGUUGUUAUUCCCACACCAUCCUGCCAUCUUCACCAGGCUUUUACCAGGUCAUCCUGGUGGCCUAUAACCUACAUUAUUAAAUUUAUAAAUAUACCUUCAUUGUGUUGUUCCAACAGAACUCUUUUGAAAAGAUUUUGAGCCUUUUGUGGUUUAUUGGACAGUGCAGUGUAGUGAAAAGGAUGGGAGAAGUUAGAAAGAGCAUUUAGUAUUAGCCUGAAUAAUACACUGUUACUUUAAUUUGACAUUUUCUAUCAAAAAGUGAAAAAUAUUUUAAUCUACAGUGAAAGUAAGUGAGCAGGUAAAUUUGGUUGCAGAUUUAAGCAUGCACAUGCAGUACAGAGACACAUUUACACACAUUUUAGCAUGCAACACUUGUGGAUCCACCCCAAUGACGAAAAAUAAGAUAUUGACGUUUUUUAAUUCCACAUGGGCUAUUUUUCUGUCGUUUGUCAAACAACUGUAAAAAAAAUGCACUUGAGUCUGUCCCAGCACUUUUUCUACCCCAGUUGAACAUAUUUGGCAGCCAUUUUGGGAGUGCAGUAGAGAUCCAUCGAUAUAACGAGCCACUUUGUGGAUUGCAUCCAGAAUGUCAAACUGCUUGUUAACUGUUUGGCCUUUUUGUCUCACACGCUGUUUAUACUUUCCCCUCUUUUUCCUCUUUUUUUCAUUUAUUUAUUUUUUUUAUUUGUAUUUGCAGUUUCUGUAUUUACAUGUAUAGUACCUUAUGGACCAAAAGUAACCUUUGAUGUGAAUUCCUACUGAGGCAGCAGUCUAGUGUAAAUGUUAAACUUAAUGCUAAGUCAGGUAAUUAACAAUAGAAUGCCCUCAAAGCCUUUAAUGGACUUUGAGCUUAAAGAUUUGUUUUUGUAAAAGAAGACUCACAAAGUUUCUCACCUGAUUUAUUGAAUACGCUGCUGUUUUACAGCAAUUGCACAUUGAAUACUGCAUUUGAGUCCCCAGUUACCAUGGCAACCUUAAAUAUGUACCUCUAAAUCUUAACAGAAGUUUCACCUCAUAUGAAAUUAAAGAUAUUAUAUUUAUACUUUUACUUAAAUCAUUCACAUUCAUCUUGUGAAAAAUAAUGAAAUAAAGGAGUAGUUGCCACCUUGGUGAAUUUUUUGCCUACACCCUUUUUUUUUUUUUUUUUUUUUUUUUUUUUCUUCCAAAAAGAAAUAAUUGGCAGGCUAGCUGCCUCCUGGCAAACUGGCUUCCAUCCUUCUUCCCACAAAGCACCUUUUUCACACAUAACAUGCUUCUCUUCACAUGAUGCGUUAUUAUUUUUUUAAGUCUUGAAAAUACCAAUAACACAAUUGUAGGACCUAUUAAGGAUACGUACAAGUUUCCUUUGUAAUUAAGGAGGAAAUUUCCCCUUGAGCUGCAUUAUUCAACAUAUAAAUGCUGUAAUGAUGAGUUAUGGUGAUUUCCCUCCAGCUAUAAGACAUGGAUAGAAAGUAAUAUGCCUUGUGAGAGGAAAGGAAAAAUGUAGCCUGUUUAUAAAAGAGCUGAUCAUUUAGUGUGGAUACAAAAAAAUGCUAUAAUGUUGCAACCAGUCAGAUGAAUAUUAUGCAUUCGUAAUGCUUAACAAAGACUUCCACAACAGCUUUUCUUCUCAUUUGUGCAGACUGGCUCAAUUUUUCAAUUCAUUGAGCAGGAAUUUUUUAAAUACUGCCCUCUUUUUCUGUAAAUUGGCAGCAGAAUACAGCAGAAUGGUCAUGAAAUAUGACUUUAUUACACAGAAUUUUACUCAAAGAUUUGGAGACGUGGAAAAGUGACCGAGUGAAAACUUUAAAAGUAUGUUUUUCAGCUUUAAGAGGACUUGUUUUGGAAUCUCCCCUCCCUGCAAGUAUUACAGGAAUGCGUAAUGAAAGCACACAUUGAGACUGGAUAAGUAAUUGUGAAUGUGCCAUGCUGUUGUCACGAAGCUUUUAUUUAAUGAAAAAUGGAUCGCCAUCCUAAAAAAUAAUUAAUUUAUUCAAUCCCAGAUAGCUUCAUCAUAAAGGCUACAUUGACACAAGUUUACCGAGUAUAAUUUUCAGAAUUUUAUUGAAAUAUAAAUAGACGGUCCAAUACCGAGCAUUUAUCACACACACACGCCCCAGGAUAAGCAUGUUGUGUGUGUGUAUUUCCACACGUACAAGAGUUUAUUGACGCUGUACACUGUUGUUGAUACACUGCUUAAAGCAUUUUAUUAUGAUCAUGAUCUGUCCUGACAAAAUAAGUCAAAUCCACUAAAUCUAACCACCGGUUGUUUUAAUUUUUUAUUCAUGUGUACUUUAGUUGAUGAUAGAUAAAUACAGUACAAGCACUUGAGUUUCCAGUAGCUUUGCUGAAAUGGCAAACAGACUCCUCAUUCAUAUUUCUUUAUGGUACAGGGCUGGUUUUACAGUUUCUCUUUUGAAGUUUGCCUUUUGUGAAACUUUAAGACCCAGAUAUCAUGUAACAUCUGACCCAGAGGCAGCAUUACAGUCUUUACAGAAAGUUCCACAAGUAAAAGUUUACAUAAAACCUGCAACUUGUUGAAGUUAAGUACACUGGAUUCCUUUAUUUUGUCUUAAAAGACAUGGAGAAGUGUUUAAACUGAAUUUGUAUCCCUCUCUAAACACACACGGCAGGCCCAGGCAUUCAACUGAUGUGAAAAAUGUAUCCUGGAUUCUAAUAGCGAAGUUGUAUGUUUGCCAAGGUGCAUGUGUGUCCUCAGUUCACCCCGCCGCUCAUAUGGUUUUCUACAAGUCAUGGUGAGAUCACUCCCUCACUGAAGGGGGAAACUAUCUAAAGAGGGUUUAAGAAAAUCAAAAUAAACUAACAGUGUUCUGUAACUUUUGAAACUCUUUUACAGAGAAUGAGUGCGAUGUUUUCUCUGCUUCUAUCCUGGCUUCAGGAAGAGUUUUUAAGCCUCCUGCCAGUAAACAGCACUCACAGCAGCCAAAAUGUUAGGCCUGUGCGCAGUCUUACUCAAGGUACAUCGGUAUGCACUGAGCAGAGAGUAAACUUAGAGGGAAUUAUUUACACAAUAGUAUUUUUGUCGUGGUUUCAUCACAAAAUGAAUGUUUGUUCAGACCUUGAAGUUUUUCCAAAGAAUCUAAAACUUUAUUUUUAUUUUCCUUUUUAUCAUGUGAGUCAGUUGUUGUUUUUAAAAAAUAAUCUCCUGGAAAUCACUGUCAGGCAUUCUCGUGUUUUGAAAGAAAUUCUUCUACAAAGAAUUUCUCUUUUCAAAUUUUUAUUUUUAUUGUGGAAAUGAAAGGAAUAUUUGCUCUGAAACUGUCGGCAUUGUUUAUUGCCCCAAAACUGACCUUGAUAAAGACAGAUUUCAAAAUAGACUCCUUCAAGACACUGGAAAUCAUUAUUAAUUUGCCUAGCAGCUCAUUGUUAUAUCAGUGAAGAAAUGGAUGUUUUAUCUUCUUUGGGUCUAGUUUACGACAGUUGGUCCAUGUGACAAAGGAAAAGCAUGGGUAACCUGUUCAACUGCAUACAAAUUCCCACUUUUUAUUAAAGUAGCUGGGCCUGUCUGACGAUUACUAUGACAUUUAUUGUUGAAAACAGUGUGCUCACCCAAAAAGCAUCAACUCCUGUUUACAGUGCCUGUGUUACAUUUCCAGAUCAGAAUCAGUCCACGUGUCAGAGUGAGACGUUAAAGUGAUCCUCUUCAGUUCUUCCAGACAUGGCUCUGUGUUUAUUUUUCCACCUGUUAAAGAAUUUAUGGUAAAAUACCUCAUGUCAGUUUUCUUACCUUAACUAACAGCGUUUCUGUUUCAACUUCUCUUAUGAACAGGUCACGUUUGAUGAAUGUGUUUCAGAUCCACUAACACAGGCUGGUGUCUUCACAUUUGUUCUUUCUGUCAAUAUUUUCUUUAAUGCAGUUCAUGGUCAGUUAGGUGUGUGCCAACAUGUAUUGAGAGGAAAGCAGGGCACCACCCUGGGCACAUGGGCAAACAAAGAGACACUCAUACAGUUAACAGGAGCUAGUCAUUAAACGGUAUAACAUUUUUGUUUACAAUGAAACAGCCUGUUGAACAAAGAUGGUUGAAACAUUUUUGAGUUGAAAUGAAGCACAAACCUUCCUCUUUCACAGUCUCACUCUGUGCGACUGUAAAACGAGGCUGGAAGUAACACAUUUGAUAAAGGCUCUACUUGAAAAUACAUGUGGCAUGAUUUUUACAGUGAUAUUACCAGAAGCAGCUGAGGGGAUUAGGUUACAAUCUAGAGCUUAUGAGCUAUAGAUUAUUGCCAUCAAAGAAAAUAAUUCGCUACAUUCAAACCAUCCACACUGACCAGCAAUUUAUGAGCAUUAGCAAAAGGCUAAAAGGCCAGAUUAUUAUUUUAACCAGAGCUGAAGUCUGGGCGGGAUAUUUAGCAGCUUUGUGAUUCUGUAGUUACUCUCCUGUUUGCACAGAAUUGAAUAUUGAAGUCAGACUAAAACUACACCUACAUUCAUGAGAGGAAAAAUGAAAUAGUGGGGCAGGUAGUAGUAAUAAAGUGUAUAGUAUGUGGUCAGUGAUAACAUGUUUUUACAUGAAGGAUACUCAUUACAUGCUAUGAAACUAGUCAGACCACAAAAACUGGUUGCUGCAGCAUAGUUUCUACCUGCAGUCACUCCUGAGAAUGGAAGCCAAUUAGAGGAGGAUGUUCUUAUAUUGAAAUCAUAUUUUAAAAAAGCCCAGACCUUUAGAGAAUAUUGGUUUAAUUUUUGCACUCUGUGAAGCUCACACUUGCAUACUGUUUUAUGAUGCAAAUAUUGGACAUUUUGACUGACAUGGUAUUGACUAUGCGGCUCAUAUGAAGCUUCAGCUGGUGGCAUUAAUGAAAAGUCAAGUAUGCCUCGAUAGGCUCUCGAUUAAAUUCAGUUUUGGGGCAUAUGAGAAGUUUACAUUCAUUACCAGCUCAUAUUAUAAGAUAUCAUUAACACAUUUGAUACAGUCAGUUACAUACAUAUCUACUUACACAACUAAAAUAAGAUCUGACAGUUAUAUAACUGAACCCUUUUUAACUCAUUAAAUAAAAAAUAAAAAUGUACACAAGAACACUCUAUGGGUAUAUUUCAUAAAUUAAUAUGUUAUGAAUGUUUCACUUAAAUUCCCAGGAUUAUUCCGAUCCCUUUUACGGGAGAGUCCUGGCCGAGACAACAGCACAAAGAGUUUCACCCAGAAAACAAACACCAGACUAUAACAACAGUAAUUACUACAAUCAGUCAAUUGAUUAACAGUGUUCAGUCCUAAAACAUGUGCAUACACCACUUAGAUAAUCCUGAAUCCUAUUUCAAUUAAAAAAAAAAAAAAAAGAUUAUAUAAACUCAGUCUGUAUUAAAGAUGAAAAUACAGGCUCAACUUUUGCUUUGUAGUCUUCGUUAAACAUAGAAAUUAUUGGUAAUUGAAUUGGUAUAUCGAUCAGUAUUAAUAUAUUAUCACACCUUAUUUCACAAUUUCGGUCCACACCUCAAGCUUCUCUCUUAUUUCCUUGUACACACCGGCAGAUCCAGAAGAGACGACAAACUUUAACUCUUAUAUAUAUGCACUGUCAAGGUAAUAAGUGUGUCAACACCUUCAGUCAUAUCUCUAAUCAAGUGAAGACACUGUAUGUUCAAAUUAAACACAGGUCUCUUUGCCCUUAUUCCAGCUUCCUCAUACAGCCUUGACUUCAUAUUAUGAGGAGGACAGACGGUGUCAUGCUACACCCACCAGCACACAGAGAAGGUCCAUUAGAUGUCAGAGAUUCUCAAACGUCCACAUGCACAAGCAUGUACAAAUAUCUUUAUCUGGUGUACUUUACCUUUACUGACCAUUUAUAAUCAUUGCACACGUACAAGUGUGAGUUAAUGCACAGCAUCAUACCAACAAUAGCAAAUUCAGUAAUAGCAUGUAUUAUUAUAACUUCCUAUGCGCUCCUUUCUUGUCUUUGGUUGUUGAGGUAGUAGAAGUUCAGUUCUCUCCAAAGAUGUAUAUCUGAGUAUCAGUGUGUGUCUUGCAGCAUUCUUUGGAUAUAUUUGGUAGUUUUGUAAAAUGACCCGAGCUGUUAUAAACGCCUCAUGUUAGCUGAUAUGCUCUAUAGAUUACUGACCUCAUUGUUGUCUUUGAAUCUCUUUAUUUCAGGGGACUGUAUCUGUACCUUUCCUUUACUCUUGAACACAUUUCAAACAGCUCACAUUCCCAAAUAUCUGGAUUUCUCUCUUUUUUCUGGUCUCCUCAGGAAUGUCACUGACACAAUCUUAAAUAGGCGAAAACCUGAAGUUCUUUUUUUGGCCCUUUUUCUCUUUUCUUGUGAAAUUCUGUACUUGGCUUGCUUAACAGGUUUGUCUUGCAACACAGAAUUGUAUGGAUGAAGUUUCCUCAUGUGAGAUUGUAACCCCCCCUCUCUGUUGGAUUAACAAAAAGCUUACCUUUGUGUGUGCUUUUAAACUGGACCGUGUGUGUGUGUGUGUGUGUAUUUUUGGCCAUUUUAUCUUGACUGGUAUUGCUCAGCUAGCCUGCAGACCAGUGGACCAGAGGCGCUAACACUUGUGGAGAGUGUGUAUAGGGCACUCUUGUGGACGGCAGUGUUUCAGUGUGUCAGCAUUACACUUUUAGAAGGGUCAUAUGUCAAACGAGCUGAUGAGACAUAUAUAAUCUGUAUUUACAACACAACAACUUGCCAAACUAUAAAUAUAUUUAAAAGUGCUAACAACCAUAAGGCUGAAAAUAAACAUUGAAUAUUUUUAUUUAGACAGCAGGAUUAUGUAUCAGAGUCCAUUAUAAACUAAACCACAUAAUUAAAUGCACACAAGGUUGAAGAUAUUGUUAGUUUACCUUAGCGACGACUCAGUUUUAUCUUACCCUGAUUACACGAGCGUGUUGUUGUUGCCGUAGCUACAAGCUGCAGAAAUCUGUGACAUCAUUAAACCUUUCUUUCCGUGCUGUUAACGAGAAGCACGUUAAUAUUUUGACAGCGUGUCAUUUUUGCACACUUGCAGAGCCUCUUAGGAAAGGGGGGGGAGAGUUGAGCCGUCCAGGUAGUAAGAGAGCAGAGAGGCUACCUUUGCUGACCCUUGGAGCACACGGCAGCUCAAGAGAAAGUGCAGAAAUGUGCUGGACUGCUUAAAUCAGCCUCGUGCAUUAGUGAAAGUUCAGCCCUGUGCUGCUGGACGUCCUCGUGCUGCUGCUGGGGGAACACAUGGUGCACAGAGAGUCUGAGGCUGAUCAGGAGGAAAAGUGUGUAAAAAUAUUGAUACACUUUAGUAAUCUGACAGUAUCGACCAGUUAAAUGUGUGUGUUUUCUCUCAAACACUACCUAGAAUAAAUGCAAAGAUAUUUUUACUGAUAGAUAAAUUUGUGUAUUGUUCCAGUUUUUCUCAAAUUAAAUUCUUAUACUGCAAUUUAUUGAGUUGUAUCAGCCGUUACAUGAUGCAUAUCAUAUCCCCAUGUAAAUGCACAACCCUGAUCUUGAAGUGUGUGGUUCAGAGUUUAGCCAAUGAUAUGAUUUUUAUCUGAUAAUCAAGUGUGCGAUGUGACAAGUCAUAGUGUAAAAUUCAAAACUGAAAAGUGGAAGUGAAAACCUUAAAUGUAACAGUUAUCUUUAUAUAGUUUUCAGUUUGCACCACAUAAUCAAUACAUGACUUUUCAAGUAUAUCACAACCACCAGACAGUUGCUCACCUAUUUGAGGUCCUAUGCUGUUGUGUGUCUGUGUGAGGGUGAGAAUAUCUGUCCUACAGUUCUAUAAGUGUCAGCUUUACAGCUAUUGUGAACACUUGUUUGCUGAGUUGCUGCUAAAUACUAUAUGUGUAUGGCUUUCCUCUGUUUGGUCUCUCUAGUGACAAACAUAGUAUCAUCUAACCUAAACAUAUUCAGAGUCUGUGCUGUUCUCCACAGAAAUAAGACCUACGUGCUUUUAGCAAAGGUCCCACACUAUCGUCUCAUAACUCAGCACAAAGCAUCUUUGUUCUGCUUUAUCUCCCAAGGACAUAAAAUCAGGAGACACUUUGUUUUCUGUCAGAGAUAUAAAGGUGCUGUAGCCUCCUCUAUACCACACAGUCCACUUGUUGAGAUUGUGCCUGCUUGUACUAAACAUCAUCCAGACGGCGAUGUACAAUGUGUUUUAUAUUAUGCCAAACAGAUUCAAUUAGCUGGCUCUUUAUCAUGAUACACUGCUAAUAGACAGAGGAGUCCUAUACGAGCAUCUAUGUAGGUUCAUGAAGAUCUCUUAAUGGCCCGCCAGGUCGAAUUUUGGAGAGGCGAAAUGUCCUUGACAUGUGUAGUAUCUGUGGAGAGGCAGUUGCUGUGGACACUUGUGCCUAAAUGAUCUCUCUUGAAUUCAGAAUUAUCUGCUUCGGGGGUUAGAGGUGAUUUUGGAGACUAUCACAUGAGUAGUCAGAUGGUUCUUUUCGGUCAAACGCUCAUUAACAAAAACCGCAGCCAUUUGCCAAAACUCAGACAUUUCUUGAAAGCGUCCCUUCCAUUUGCCAAAGUGAGAUACUGGCUUUAUAAAUUUAAUGGCUGCAGGCCCACAAUGGCUGUUUGUAUUUCGCCCUCAAUGCUUUUUUGGAAACUCCAUAAAAUACAGUGUGAUAGCACCAAUCCAUGACUGUUUGUUUGGACUUUGCCUGAAAAAAAGUAUAUUAGAAGUAGCUUAUCCUCCCAUCUGUAAAAGGACAAAGAGUCUGCUCAGGAUAACGGGUGGUGGUGGUGGGUGUGUUUUUGACAGAAAAUGACGAAGUUGAACAAGCUGUCCUGUCAAAAAAAAGACUUUGAACUGUCCUUUACUUGUGUAAUGGUAUUGUAGUGUGUGCUGUUAUUUGUUUGCUUGAGGAAUUUAUUUGAAAGCCGCACAUCCUGUCACAUUGGAAUGGCUUUCUGUUGGACUGAAUGUCUUAUCACGUCGAUCUGCUGUGAUAUCUGAGACGUUUCAGAGGCAGAGAAACUAAACAUGAACACUUAGAUUAGAUUUAGGAGACUUUAAAAGGUUAAUAAUAGUGCCAGCUGGACUGUGAGGCAAAGAAAUGCAUGAACGUUAUACAGUUAUUCAAGUCAUCUUAAUUUAGAGGACACGGAAAUCGUGGCACAAGUUCUCUUUUUUGACUCCGCCAUGCUUUGAGCGAGUAUGAGAGGAUUCACAGCAGAGAAAAAGGGUGUUUUUGUGAAUUAAAGAAACACCUUAUCUUAGUGUUUGCACGAUUUUCAGCAGUCUCUUGUGGGGAGCUUGAGAUCGAAACUGUAGCUGUGAAGGAAGAAUCACCAGUCCCACGUCUGCGCUUGAGGUGAAGAGCCAGUUCAAAGUUCAGGAAAACGUUUGAUGUCGUUAUUGUCAGAAAAAAACACUCAGAUCAAAUGUAGUUCAUCGGCGUUGUAUUUACCACACCAAUAUGAGAAUGAUUUCUUUGGUGAUGUUAUAUUACACUGUACAUUUCCAGUGUAGGGAGAAGGAAAAAAUGGGAAAAAAAUGUGUGUGAAAAUCUUGGCACAACUUGUCAACAGCCUACGUUUGCUUGUUGAUGAUUUUCAGGGACUGCCAUAAAGACAAAUCAAUUAAAUCUUGAGUCUGCGAGGUGUUUUCAGCCGCUUGUUCCGAAGUGUGUGAGAUUUAGGUGCAUUUGUUAGCACACCUGUUAACUACUGCACGACGUUAUAGACGAACGCUCCAAUGUUAUAAAAGAUAAGGCUUUAAAUUACUCCAAUUUAAAUUCAGACUACACUGAGAGUCACAAAACGUUAAUUUUUCAUCGCACUGAUCGAAGGAAACCAGGACAAAACGCUUCAAAUGAGGUUUAAUUUGAUAUUUUUCCCUUUUCAUCAAAGUUUGAGGUAUGAACUGUGUGUGUGUGUGUGUGUGUGUGUGUGUGUUUUGUCAGAGGAGUGAAAUGAAACACACCCUCAGUUAUCACACAUCAGAUCAACACUUGAUUUACGCUUGAAACUCCCCAGUGUGCUCGCUUCACAUUUACAUUGUGUACUAAAUUACAUUAAAUCCCAUAUCCGAACCAUACUAUUAAAGCAUAAUUUCUGCUAGUUUAUAUGCUAAUGCGUUUGCUUCUAAAGGGAUGAUUGAAAUUAAUAAUUACAACGCUGGACAGUGAUUGUUAAAGCUUUUAAACAAACUCAUAAAUUACUAUUAAUUAGGUGUAACAAAAAAAAAAAAAAAAAAAAAAAAAACACUUGAUAAGUGCAAAUGUGGAGCAGAUUCAUGGAGAUGUUGUGUGCGCAUGCAUGGACGAGCUUUUCACAAUGCCCCGUGGCCCUUUUGUCUCCACAUUUAAAUGUAGCGGGGCCCUAAAUAUAUGCUUGUAGUGUGUGCGUUGUAAGCACUAUUUGCAUAUUCAAGAUGUAUAUUAUUCACAUUGCUGAUACUGCUCCUUUCAUAAGCACGCCUCUUAUGUCUGCUCUCAACCCCCUCCCCCAUCCUCACAUUUACCCCCCCCCCCCCCCCCUCUUGAUUAACUAAUGUCCAAUUCGAUGCAGCGUUCCACCGGCCUUGUCACCUAAUAUAGGCGGCUGAUUAACCUGGAGUCUGGCUGGUGAAGUUGCAACCCUCCUCUCGUCUCCCUCUGUCUUAAUUUUAUUUUGCCCCCCCUUUACUCCUCCUACUCCUCCUUCUCCUCCCCUUCCCUCUCUCCCCCCACCCUCCUACCCCUCCUCAGUCUUUGUUGUGGCGGCAGCAGCAGCAGAGCAUGCAUUGCAUUGGCGGUCUGAAGCAUUGUGUCUGAUUUCCAGCAGACAAACUGACCUCUGGGGAUUUAUUGACAGCAAACUCCACAGAGGCAGACACAGAGCUGGGAGCAUGGAGGGAGGCAGCCGGAGAGGGGCGGGGGAGGUGCUGGGGAAGGUUUGUAAGGAGGGUAGGAGGGAGGGAGGAAAAGGAGAGGGAGGGGAGGAGAGGGGGGUUACAGACACACAGACAGUAGUGAGACAGACAGAUUGAAGAAAAGACAAGGAGAGAGUCUGAUGAAAUAGGAAACAGGUAGAGAUGCAGAAAGAAGGAGAUCAAUACGGGGGGAAACACACACCCUGAGUUUGGUUUAAUUCAGAAAUUUUUUUUUUUUUUUUUUUUCUGGUGGAGCAUUUGGAAGCGAAAGAAAAUGGCCGCCUCCUACAAGGAUCUAAUUAAUUUUGAAGGAUCAUCAGCCCCUUUAGUCCAAGGCAGGGUACAGGAGGGAGGGAGGGGAGGGAGGGAGGGAGACAGACCCCUGGGCUGAUUAGAAUUCACUGCAGGUAGGCACUGGCUGCUGCUCACCCACUGUGUCACGGCUAAAAUGGAAUCACUGUUGUGAGUGGCAGUCUGGGCAACUGAAGCCUGCUUCCCUUGGCCUGCUCCUUUGUUGCCAGCAUUCACCUCACUUUACCCCUCGGGCAGGUGGAUUUACAUGUCUGGUUGGGCAAGGGGGAAGACAGAGAAGGAACAUGUAUGUGCUGUCUAAAGGAGGCCCAUGGCAUCAGAAUACAGUAACAUCUUAAGCUAGGAAAGAAAAAAAAAAGGCCGAAUAUUUGCCACUGUAAUGGAUUCAAGCAUUUUGGCAAAUGUGCUUCUGCAGUAGAUAGAAGAAAGGGCUUUAAAAUUAUUCCUUUUGUUUUAACUUUACUUACUUUGACUAAAAACUGUUGCUUAAAUGUUUUCCAAACAUUACAAAGCUUAGAGAAAUACAUUUGGUUCUGGUAAGAUUUUGUAGUCAGGAUAAGCUAUAGAAAAGGCUCCAGUUUGGCCUCGACUGAGCUCUAUAGGAAAGUUAUACACUAAAAGGAGCUCUAAAGGAGUUAUUCUCAGGGAAUCAUAGGAGGCUGCUGAGGUUUACGAAAAAGGUCGAAGACUGAUUUUAGAUUUAUGAUUUUUUUUUUUUCUAAACCAAAUUUCUCCACCCUCACCGGGACUGUGAGUGUGUGUGUGUGUGAGUGCCAAAGAAUGAUCCGCCGCAAUAUCAAGUGAUCACCCUCUCUGCUGCUAAACAUGUUAUUACUUGUCUUUAUCGAAUAGUCAAAUUUGUUGGUUGACGAGGGCAUUUCAAAAGAGCAAACACACGUCUCCUCGCCCGCUGCACUUCUCAAAAGUAAAGCCUAUGGACGUAGAGUUCUGUGAUUGCAAUUUAACCCCCUGACUCUGCUUCUCUUGCAGAUAUUCUGCUUCCUUGUGCUAAAUUAUACACACAACAUUUUUAGAGGCAUAUUUACAGUCUAAUAUUUAUCGUUUUCCACGGACCAGCAGAUGGUCCUUCUUCUUCCACCAGAGUCUGUGGAAAAAAUAGAGAGGUCACGUGCUUAAAAUCAUAUUGUUCCCAUCUGUAGAUUUUACCUCCGUGUCACAAAGCAGGAGGCGUGUUCUGCGAAACACUCGAUUUAUAAAAGAAUGACAUGUGUCAACAUUAACGUGCAGGUCUGGUCAAAUCCAAGCUUCGUUCAGGAGCACAGCACUUACUGGUUUUCACUGAGAGUACAAGGUGUGCAUGUUGCAGUCAGUGUGUCAGCUGCUUAACAUUUUAACUGUAAGAUUGUCACUUUACUCUUGUUACUGUGAUCCAUACUCUUUUUGAAUCAUACGAGUUUUUACUUUUGAGCUCUAAUGGUUAAAGAUUUCAGAGGACUUUAGCCUCUGUGGGAUUUAUAAGAGAGACAUUGUGAGGGCAUUUCCCAUUGAUUAAAUGCAUGUUUUACAUUCUUCCUGACCUUAACUGUUAGCAACGAAGUCUGUAUCAGACAUAGUCGACAUCUAAAUCAUUUUGUUUUCAUUUUUUAAUGUCAAACUUGGCCAUAAUAUUGUGUGUGUUCUGUAUAAGGCCUCUCGAGAAAGGCUUUCCUAGCGUCAUCAAAGCAGCUCAUCACAUGCCUCACGUUGUUGAAUGCCUUUCUUGUGUUUUUCAAUGAAAGCCUUGUGUGUUUAAAAUUUUACUCUUUUCUAUUAUUGCAACUUCUACUGUCCUUGCUCGCUGUCUGGAUAUUGUUUUGUUUAAAUUGUGCAUUUUUUUUAAAAUAAAAAACAGGAAUACACACAUUUUCACACACUCAUGCACACACCCAUGCUUUGUGUUGAAUUUGAUUGACACCUCUUACAAAUCAUGCAGAAAUUUAAGAGGAAUUUCGAUCGUCUUUCUUUAGAAGGGUGUGGUUUCGGUGCUCUUCUGAUCAGAUAACUCCUCAUAGAGAAACUGUCUCUAAUGCCAACAUCAUUCUCUGUCUCGUAAUUGGUGGUCAUGUGCGCACAGGAACGUCCAUUCGUCAUGCUUUGAGAACUCUUAAACACAUCUGUUGCAACGUGUUAGUGAAAGAUAUUCAUGUUAACUGUGGCUCAGGGUUCAUUAAGGGGCUGGCGACACAGAAGGGUCAGUAAGUGGAAUUGUAGUGGCAAUUUCCGCAUUAAACAAAGGGAACAACAACAGGAUUUAUCUUCGUGGCAUUUAUUCAACACAUUUGCAAAUGAGGGUGUGAGCUUACAGAGUUCAAUGAUCUCCCUCACCAUAAGUCUUGAAGUGUAUACUGCUAUGCUUUUUUUACUCCUUCAUAGACAUAAACCUAUUAUAAACUGUUUUGGUGCAUCAGACAGUUAGCAGUUCCACCCACGCCUUUACUACAAGUUCCCCUUAUCUCUGGACUCCUGCAGGAAACUUGCGUCAGACUGGAGGUGAAGAGUCAGUAAUCAAUUCCUAAUAAAACACGUGCAUCGUAGCGUUCUAGGUGCAAAUAUGUGUGGCAAAAGUGUUUCUAAUAGAUGAUUGGUUUGCUGCAGGAGUACUUGUAGCUGCCUCAUCAGAGUAAGUCAGUUGCUACAUGAGAACUGUCUGGUUUUGACAUGGAGAAACAGGGUGUGAGGCAAACCUCUUACAGGGAGGAGAAAACACAGAAACAGUGUUGAAUGUUUUUGUUUUUUCGUCUUUAAUGCAGGCAUUAAAAUUUUGUCUUUGUCCCUCCUCUCUCCCUGUAAGCACUGUGGCAGAGCAGCACAUGAUUUGGACAGAGAGGACUGACAGCCUUGCCUAGCACCCGGCCUCUGAUCAGCCAUCUCCACCAGCAAACUGAAGCUUGACCCGCACUUCAUCACCAGCCACACAAGCAACUUCGGAACAAAACGUCAUCUAACUGUGAGUACUGAAAGCUGAAAAUAAUACUUUGUGCUAACACGAUCGCUGUGCUUUACUUUAGCUUUAUCCUGCUUCACAAAUCUGUAACUGUGGUGUGGUUUUAUUUCCGGGACUGCUGUUCAGUUUAUUUAAAUACAGCAUUCCAUGUAACAAGGCCCCUUUUUCAUUGUUUUAAAUGUGAAAAAGUACAGCUGUUUGUUAAAACUUAUAUUUAAACGUCAUGAUGUUUUCAUAUCUUAAAUAUCUUCAGUCAUUGUCAGACAUGGUGUAGGAAAAUUCUGUAUUUUUUUCCAGGAUUUGUAAUGUUUCUGGAAUCCAAAUAAAGGCUCUAAAGUGCUGUGAUUAAUAAUAAUCAACAGCUUCCCUUAAAUUGUUCUCAAGAUGGUUUAAAUUCAUAAGAAAUUAGUUCUACAGUAAUUGUUAAAACUCUCAAUUUGCAUAAUUCCUACACUAACCACCCAUCUAUUUUGUAUGUAGAUUUAAAAUUAUUUGGAGGCCUCACUUGGAAGAAAAGCAGACAAAGUAAUCUUAUGCACUGAUCAGCCGGGUCACAUCCAAUCCAAGGAUAGUUAGGAAGCGCCAUCAAAGUGAACACAUGGCCAACAAAAGAGGCCUGUUGUCCUCCAAGCCCAGUGCACCACCUACUGGUGGGUGGAGGGACUCCAGAAGCGCACGAUGUAAGAGGGGGAACUUGUACAGUAAUAAUUAGGAGGGAACCAUUUUAAUUGUCUUUCACCAUGGCAAUGUGGGAUUUUUAAAACAGGAUCAGGAGACACAUUUAGCUCCAGCAUUGAAAUUAGUUGAUUCUCUUCCAAAUAAUUUGAGACUGGGCAGAAGAAAACAGUAAAAAAAAAAUUAAUAUAUUUGUAUUAUUGUUUUUAGAGUCCUUUAAUCAAGUCUCUUAUGCCUGUCUAAUACUCAUCACUCUUACUUAUCAUGUAUUUAGGUUGAUUGUUGUUCUGGGACACAGUUCUGUUUUCCAAUAAAAGGCGAAAGGCAAUUUCCUUGCUUAUAGGAGAUCUUUUUGGGGAUGUAGUGCUCAUAACUGCAUUAUUAAAUUGAAAUUCACAGUUUUUAUUACUUCCAUUAUAUAAGUUAUACUGUUACCAGCAAUAGAAAUAUUUUCCAGUUCUAUGUUAAAAGAAAUAUACACCCCACAACGAUUGUUGUAAUAAAAUGCCAGAUUUUACACGCCUUGGUGAGCUAAAUCAAUAUUAAUAAAUAAAGUAGUGACUGUGUGGGUUCUAAGUCAGGUUGUUGCUUCCUGGUUACAGGUGACAUCAGUUGCAAGGGGAUGACCGAGCGCAUUCAUAACAUCAAUCUUCACAACUUCAGCAAUUCUGUACUUGAGACCCUCAAUGAGCAACGCAACCGUGGGCACUUCUGUGACGUGACUGUUCGGAUCCAUGGAAGUAUGCUGCGUGCUCACCGCUGCGUGCUGGCUGCUGGAAGCCCCUUUUUUCAAGACAAGCUGCUCUUGGGCUACAGCGACAUUGAGAUCCCUUCUGUGGUCUCGGUGCAAUCCAUCCAAAAGCUGAUAGACUUUAUGUACAGUGGGAUCCUGCGGGUAUCUCAGUCAGAGGCCCUGCAGAUCCUCACUGCUGCCAGCAUCCUACAGAUCAAGACCGUCAUUGAUGAGUGCACCCGAAUCGUGUCCCAGAAUGUGGGCCUUGCUGGCCCGGGGGGGUUCCCUGUCAUACCAGGAGACUCUGGACAGGAAACCCCCCGCGGCACACCUGAAUCAGGCACCUCUGGGCCCAGCAGCGACGCGGAGUCAGGUUAUAUGCAAGCAACAUCACAACAGAGCAUGGAUCGUGCAUACACAUCACUGUACUCUUACCCUGGCCUCUCGCUACAGAACGGCACUCGUGAGCGCCCCCUGUACAUUAACCCUCUAACGUCAAACUACGACGCAUCACUCGGCACUCAGAAGGACCAGCAAUCUCAAGAUCCGCCCUGGAUGAACCGCAUCCAGGAGAGAUCUCAACAAGUCGACCGCUUCAUCUCCACAGCAGAGUCCACUCACUGCCGCAAGCAACCUCGGCCGUCACGCAUACAGACAGGAGGGAUGCACAUAAAGCAGGAGGCUGAAGACGAGUACAGCUGCUAUGAUAAUUUAGGGGACUGCCAAGAAGAGACCGACCAUACCGAGGGUGUGGAGAGCGAGUCCAAGGUGGAAAGUUUUGACUCAGGGGUGAGCUCCUCCAUCAGCACUGAGCCAGAUGCAAUGGAACAGCAGCCGUUCCUGAUGGGCUUUGGCCGAGACGGGGGCGGGGAGGGGCAGCACGGUGAAGGAGGAGGCCCGGUGCACAUAGAGGUCAACGACUCUUCCCCAGAGCAAGACGCAGAGGACGGGGACACAUCCCACAGCACUAGUGACAGUAGCAUGAUGCAGUCCCUGCCAAACUCGGUCAUGUCCCAGUCCCUGCCCAGUGCCCAGCACUACAUGCGCCAGACAGAAUCACACACCAGCAACCUGAGGAUGCCGAUCUCCAUGACCAGCAACCCCCAAGUGAUGGGCACUGCUGGAAGCUCCUUCCUGCCCACACUCUUUCCCACACAGACGGCUAGAGACACCAAGCCUUUCCUUUACCUUCCCGGCCAGCAGCAGCCCCAGUUUGUUGCAGUGCCGCCCCCUACAAUGUCAUCGUUUCCCAACCCCAUGUCGGUACAGCAACCACCAGCUCAGCAGCAACAGGCUGCAGGAGGGAUUGGUCCAGGGGAGAAAAAGCCCUAUGAAUGCACUCUCUGCAGUAAAACCUUUACUGCUAAACAGAACUACGUCAAACACAUGUUUGUCCACACUGGUAAGUUGGAGUGACUUAUUUGUCAUCAGCUUUUUUAUUUUUAUUUUUUUAAUAUAAGCAUGCUCAGUAAAAUGGUUAUACGAUGCAUAGCUGAAGUACAGAAGGCAGCUGCUAGACUUAGAUUAGUAGAUAUACAUCAAAGAUAGUUUUGAUGAGGGAGCAGCAGGUGGGAAUUAAAGGAUCUGAUUUCUCAAAGGCUAAAAUGUUGUGAUAUGAAAAGACAAAACAUACACUUUAUCACAAACACACACAUGUAUCACCGUUUGAUAGCUACUUUAUCACACCUCAACUGUUUUUGUUACAUUUUUGGAUUUUAAUCAUAAUCAAUAGGCUACAAUUCAUUUCUAUCUUUGUCAGGAUUCAUAUCUUGAGUAUAUUUCAAAUGUAGUACAUUUGUAACACCGUGCACAGCUUUCUUCUCUCUGCACAGACGGAAUUAUCAAUCAUGAAUUGCAGAAAUCAUAACCACAGAGAGAAUUAGAUACCACAUAAUUAGAUAAAAAUAAAAACUGCCUACUCAUAUAACCAUUAUUAUUCAUUACAAGUCCAUGGCUGCAAACACCUGGGAAGUCGAUCAAACCAAAUUUCCUGUGUUAGUUUCACAACAUUUUAAGGAGCUGGACAGUGAUAGUCUUAGUCACUGAUCCAUUAGUCUCGAGGUUGAGAUUGAAGCAUAUCAAUGCAAAGAAUGACAGUUCUCUCUACUCAGUCCAGUUAAAAACGUGUCAAACUCCAAGAUAAGAAAUAAACGAUUUUUAAGCAGAAUAGUAAAGUAGCGUCUCUGAAAUUGUCUUUCAGUUGCUACAAAAAGUACAUUAAGUGAUAUUUUAGAUCGUUAGAUACUUUUCAAAAUGUGUCUCCACUCUACACCCCAGUGCAACACGAGGUUGAGAAAUGAAAUCGUAGCAUAAAAAAAAAUAUUCCUUCCUAAUAAAUUUGCAUAAUCCACACCUCAAAAUAGCAAAGACGAUGAACACAUCAAUACCAUUUCAUGCCACACAUGUGCAGCGGGGUUAAAAUGUCACAGGCUUCAAUCAAAAAUCUAUCAGAGAUAAAAGAGUCACUGAACUUCAAAUAUGACUGAAAUAUACUGCGUAUGUGCCACCUCAUACCCUGCUGGUCUUUCACUGACCCUGAGCGCUGAUCUUUCUUUGGAGCAGGUCAAGUGAAAAAGAAAGUACAAGUAUAAAUUGUUGGCUUCAUUUAAUCAAAGCAGGUAGCUGCACAUUAUCCACUCACUGCAGCAGAAAUCAGGACUUCAUUGUCUUGUAUAAUACAGCUUUUCUAUUAGCUGAUUUGUCAGUCUUUCUCCUUGCUGUAGUUUGAUGUGGUUUUCAUAAACAUGUUAAACUUUCAGGCUCACAAUGUCAGCAGAGGUAGAUAUGUUGAAUGAGCUCAUAUCCUACAUAGUAACAGAAGCCUAACAGAAGAGAUGGAUACGUUAUUUUAUAUGUGAUUCUUCUGGAUUGCGCCUGUUUUGUCUCUCCUCACCUGUGUCAUUGUAGCAGCCUAAAACAUUCAUUAAAUCUGAAUUUUGCAGUUUUGUUACGGUUUUGUAAGAGUUGCAUCAGAGCUACACUAUAGCCGAGUUUUCCUCACAAAGCUGUAGCAUAUUGUAGCUUCUAGUGGAACGAACAUCAUCACAGAGUUAAUACAGGCUUAAAUAAUUCUUGCCUGAGGUUUGUUCCUGUACUAGAAAAGUAACACUGCUGGCUUCAGGCGUCUAAUGCUGCUGCACACGUUCUUCUAUAUCUUGUAAACCCAAUUCUCAAAAUGUGUCUCCUCUUCCUCUUUUAAUACUUUUGUCUUGCAUGAACAUCCAGGUGAGAAGCCUCAUCAGUGCAGCAUCUGCUGGCGCUCAUUCUCCCUGAAGGAUUACUUAAUCAAACACAUGGUGACACACACAGGGGUGCGGGCCUACCAGUGCAGCAUCUGCAACAAGCGCUUCACCCAGAAGAGCUCUCUCAACGUCCACAUGCGGCUGCACCGUGGAGAGAAGUCCUAUGAGUGCUACAUCUGCAAGAAGAAGUUCUCACACAAGACCCUGCUGGAGCGCCAUAUGGCCCUGCACAGCACGGGAAGCGCCAUCACAGGGCUGUCUGGGAGCGCCGGCACCCCGGGCCCCGUCUCCAUUCCCAUGCCGAUGGCCGUCCCCGAGCCCGGAGCCGGUGUGGUGGCCCUCGCCAUGCCGGUGAGCGGAGGUGCUGGAGUAGGGGCCGGGGUUGGAACAGGAGUGGGUGUAGCCGCAGAAGCGAGCUGCCAAGAAGGGACCACCUACGUGUGCUCCGUCUGCCCUGCCAAGUUCGACCAAAUGGAGCACUUCAAUGACCACAUGCGAAUGCAUGUCUCCGAUGGAUAAGUACUAAUAGAUAAACUUCUUUCAAAAAGAAUGACAAAUAAAUGGCACUAGAUUUUCCUUUUCUUGUUUUGAGGUAUGAAGAGUAAUGAGUAUAGACACUGGCACAUUAAGUUUCCCAAAAAAAAAGGUUUUUUUUCUGUUAUCCUAAAAGAAAAAAAAGAUGGUGGCCUUAAGGCUUAGUAGUUUGAUAUUGAUCUACUGGAUGGAUCCUAACUACAGGCCUCUAAAUGUAUGCUUUCCUAAAAAUACUGAUUUAUGUGUUGAACACUACCGAAAGGCCUACGAAAGAAACACAUACACACAAACACACCUUUAGUGUAGAUUUGUCUGAACGAUUAUACAUGUGCAUCCAUGUUGGAGUGUUUGUGUCUGUUCUAUGUCCGUGUGUGUGUGUGCGUGUGUGUGUGUGUGUGUGUGUGUGUGUGUGUGUGUGUGUGUGUGUGUGUGUGUGUGUGUGUGUGUGUGUGUGUGUGUGUGUGUGUGUGUGUGUGUGUGUACAUUGCCAUGACAAAUAAAACAUGGCAGUUGUGAACCCAUACUGACCAGUUUGGAAACUUUAGAUGUCCAAGCUUACUGUGGUAUAAUUUACAACAAUAACAAAAAGUCAUCUGGGGUUGGGCUACAUAUUCCCUCUAAAAAUACUGACGGUCACAAGAUUGCCUUCUUCUGUAAAAUAAAAAAAGGAGAGUAGUUAAUUUGAAGGUGGGUUUUAUUUAUUCCUAUGGUAUUAAGGGAUUAUAAUGCAGCUGUUGUCAAGGUACCAAUUUCAAUCAUUUACCUGAAAUGUGACUCCUGGUCGGUGGUGACAGGGACGAUCGUUUCUCAUAUGUUUUGUAAUCGCUGUCCAUCCAUUUUGAUGCUUCAGUUUACUAAAUUAGGGUGUGUUGAUGAGACAGUAUUUGAGCAAAAACAUGUUUCUUUUUUUCUGAAGUUUGGAGUUUAACUCAUUUGCAUACACUGCCACUAAUAUUUUUACAGACUGUUAAGGCUUUUAGACCUCUUCCAUUUCAAAACAUGAGAAAAAAAGAAAGAUUCUUUUGCCGAUUUUUUUUUCUUUUUUUUAAUCUAAAAGAAGCCUUUCACAUUCUCACAGUUAUGGCAGGCUGGCAUAUGCGACUAAACUCUCUCCUUCAUUAUUGCUGCUCUUCAACUUGCACCUGACUGUUAUGGGAUGUAGAUUAAAAAAAGGAUUUGUCACUGAUAUUGUUGUUAAAGAGUAGCCAACAUCAAAUUGAUAAUCAAAUAACAGAACCUGGUGGUGGUGGUGAUGGGGAGGUGGGACGGGUGGGGUUUGGGCCGGGGUUGGGGGGGAGACAGCAGGCCGGAAGAGUGUUUUAGAGGGAGGGGUUAAAUUCUUAUUUAAUUGGGGAAAAUAGAAAAGGUGAUUAUCCUUGAGCCCUCAGUUGUGUUGCGCAGCUUUCUGAGCGUGCAGGAGCCUGAACACAUUCUUCGCCAUGUGCUCGCUCCGAAGGCUCAAAUGUCAUGCAACACUGUCCAGGAAAAUACCGCUUCAAAGCGAAACCAGUAGCUACAUCGAAUUUACACGGUUUCCUGAUGUACCACACGUUCAGAUGGACUUUCAACACAACAGUAUACAUUCCUGAUUUUUCUAAAAACAACCCAGAAACAGCAUGUACAGAAUAGACUUUGGAAGCUAGUGUGCGCAAGUUGUCAUCCACACAUCACAUCACUUAAGGCUUAUUUCUGAUAUCUAAAUUUUUUUGUAAUUGCUUUCUACUCAAAAUAGGACACACACAUGCACACACACAUACAAAAAUGCAUACACACACCUACUCACACACACACACAGAUACAAACACACACACAUAUACAUACACAACUGCCUGCAACUGCAAUCCUGAAGGAUUUGUUCAUGAAAGUGAGCAAAAACUUUCGUAGUUGUAUCAUUAAAAGAAUAACUGCAUACAGCGGUCUUCAAAAGACCUGCUGUAAGUAAAAAAAAAAUACAAAAAAAACAAAAAAAAACAAAGUGCUAUUUUGCACAUUUUCUUAAAAUGCCUGUGCUUAAUAUUUAAUCAUUUUCCUUAAAUGAACUUCUAUGAUUUUCUGUUAUUCAAUUUCAAAGGAAAAAAAACAUUUUUUAAAAUCUUGAUAAGUGGACUGCAUUAUUUUCUUGCAUAUAUGUUGCACUGCUUAAACCAAUAAGUGCACUACUGUUAACAGAGAUAUUAUAGUUUUAGAAAAGAUUUUUUUUAAAUCUAACAUUUGGUUGUAGAGUUCACAUGUAAUAGAAUAGCCUUGUUUCAAUUUAUUCAUUAAGUAAAUCAGCGGUUCUUGGCUUUUGUUAUUGCUUGCAGUUACCUACAGUAUAUUCUUGUGCCGUGUUAAUGCAAGCAUUUAUUUUUAUUUAAAAGUGUACCAUUAUGUGUGCUCAUCUAUGUUUUAAAACUUUAAAAUUCAUUCUUUUAUGGAGUCAGCUCCCUAUAAAAGUUGUUCAGUUGCAUUUCGUUAGAAACAAACAAGAACAUCCAAGCCAAACAACAUUAACAGUGAAACAACAACAGUAAUAAUAAACACAGCUCCGUCAGGCGGAGGAUCUAAUAAUAACUAUUACUAUACGAUUAAUAUUACAUUUAUAGUGUGUGUGUGUGUAUGUGUGUGUGUGUGUAAAAUAAAUGACAUGUGUGUCCUAGAACAACUUUGUGUGGGUUUAAAGGUGUGGGGAGGUGAUGGAAUGCAGCUUCUUUGAUAUCUGUCUGUCAGUUGUACACAGUUGUGUCCCUUCCUUAGUGUUUGUGCGUCAGUGAGUGUUUGUGUGUGUUUGGUAUAUAGCCUAAUCAAGCUGUUGAUAAGUGGAAUAUCUGAACUGUAGGGCUUCCUUCGCAAUAUGCAACACAGGUACUAUGAGAAGCAGCUCUCCAAACCUUUCGGGCUAAUAAGGCACCUGUGACGUUGUUCUGAGAUUUGACUCGAGCCGGGGUUGACACUGUUGCUUGCAGUGCACCGCUUUGAAGGAAUUAUGUUCGACAUUUGGAUGCUUAAAUUUCUUUAAACUGCUACUAAAUUACGGAUCCUUGUUGAGUUAGCUGAAGGGAGGUCUGUGUUUCGGUUUCUCCGCAGCUAAAGAAGAAAACACGGAUCACGUGCGUGAAAGCGUCAAGUUUGUCCGCAGUAAAAGUAGCACAUUAUUAAACAUUUGAUUGGGCCUGUGUCCUAUGGUGUGCAUAUAAGCCUAAAGUGUAUGGUUCCUGUUUGUAGCUGUUGUUGCCAGGAUGGCAAUAUUGCUGCAUGCUAGUGCUAUAUUUGUCUCUACACAGCACGUGGAGGGUAAUCUCAUGCCUUAAUAGACAAUGCACUAAAUAGAAUAUGUAAGCAACUGCCGAGAUCUCUUUUCCAACAGUACUGCCACACGUACGGCACACAGCUCAUGGUGUUGGUGUUUGUUGUCUGUUCAGUACCGAGUUAAACACUGCCAAUCUAACAUCAUCACUUCUUUGAAAGCAGAGGCAGGCACGUUAACUGAGUUGUUUCAGUGUAAUGUUUGUAUUCAAUGAUCUAGCAUUCCUUCAUGGCACCUAAAUUUUACAUAUUUUGUGUAAACACAUAUAUCAAAUGCACUAUUGACUGUAGCUAGAUGAGUACAACCAGCUUUGUGGUAUCAUUGGUCUAAAUAGUAGGUUAAGUAGCUCGAUGUUGGUUCUUUGAAAAAUUUGAUUUCAAUUACACUAUCAGUCAUUUCUCGGUCUGUUUAUUUAUUUUAUUUUUAUUUUUCUGUUUGGAUUAACAAAGGUAGCCAAUCUCAACGUUAUCUGGAUGAGGGCUAAUAACUCGUCCCAUUGUCAGUUGACUUCUUGUAUCAUAAGGUGUUUGAUAGCAGACCAGGCUCAGAAGAGGGAAGAAACCUUCUCUCCAGUGUGUCAUUUACGUGCUUUAGCAUACCCAAGCUUCUUCUUCCCCCCCGUUGCAUCGGCAUCACAUGCUCUUCACUGUCCAUAGUUAUAUAUUCCUUAUACUGCUUCAGCUAAUCGUGGUGGUGCUUAAUUCUCUUUUCUCUCUCAGUGUUGCAGAAAAUCGGUUUCAAACUUGUUGAAAAGUUGCAACAUUAUCCAGAAUAUGAGUCCUUCUCUCAAUCGUGCUUCUUCUAGUUGUUAGUUUAAGAGAAUAAAAGUCUAGACUUUAUGUUUGCAAAGUGUUUGCAUAUUUUCCAGAACAAAACAUAUUGAAACGUAGAUAAUAGCCUUGAGCCUGCAGCUGUUUGUAUUGUGUUUCAAAUAUAUUACUGUUCAUGUUUUGUUUAUCUUAGUGUAGAGACACAGGGUCUACAGUACAUUGUUGUCCUUCUUGCAGUAUGUUUAAUUCAUCGUUAUACUUCUUUAUUUCAGGCUUCCUCCUGCUUUUUGUUAUGGUGAUCAUAGUGCUGUUGUUUAUACAUACAUACAUACAUACAUAGCUUCACGCAACUGGAUAAAGGAUAGUCAGUAAUCGAGUCAUAUUUCACAUUGUACUAUAUAUGCUUAUACGCUUUGCAUUGAGAUGAAAACAUGGAAAUGGUCAAAUAGUAUUGGUGAGGGUCAUGUCGAGUGAGGAACAGGUUCAUUUUAUUCUGAUAAGCAUGCGUCUGUCUUCCUGUUUGUCUUUCAGUCUAUCUCCACACAUUCAAAGUCAGAUUUUUUUAUUUAAAGCUUGAAGAAAGUCACAAAGUAAAGAGUAGAAUACAGAAAACACCAGUCAGAUAAUACUUUACUGCAUCUUUGGCCUUCUACAGUACACAUAAGAGUGAAAUAUCUUACAAAUAUACUAUAUAUAUUUAACUAUCACCACCUCCACACAGAUGAAGAUUACAUGCUCAGAUAGUUUGAUAAAUACAUAAUUGCAGCUAGAGUAUACAGAACCUUGUGGGAUAUAGGGAAUAUGCCUAUCAAGUGCCUAUCAGUACAUACAGCAACUAUACAGAAUAUUCAUAGUUUUUCUCUCCUACAUUGCACAGAUACAGUAUAUACACAAUGGUCUAUUAUAAAUAAACUAUUUAUACUACUACUACUACUACUACUGCUAAGACCUGCUGGUUGUGAGUGCAUCCUAAGAGAACCCUUUAAAAUACCUGAAAUUUUCUAUUCAUAUACAGUAAAUGCUACAUCUGCGAGUUUUAUUUUUUACCUUACAUCUAUACAGCUCGGAGGAUUCAAAGAUAUAAAAUACAGUCACAUUUUACAGUCUAAAUGAAAUAUACUAAUAGAUGUAGUCAUUUUAGAUUGUACCUAGAAUAAAAUAGGACAUUUUUAAAAAAUUGAUUAUGCCACUUUUCUUUCUUUCAGGUUGCUCUGUUAUAUUAUUGAAUGGCAAAUUUUAAACAUGCCAUUUUCUGCCAUUUACCAACAAGCCAUAUGAUGUACUGUAUGUCUUUUGGGAACAAGGGCAGUUGCACGUAGUGAACAGCAGAGGGAGCCACAUUUAACCUGCCUCAAUGAUCGGAUAUUUGGGUUGUUUUUUUAGCUUUUGCUAAAACAUACUCCCUAUAUUCCCACAUAGAGUAAAAUCCAUUACAUCUAUGAACAUGUCAGUGGUUUUCUCCACUGUACUGUGCUGUAAAAAAAACAAUAAAAUCUCUGCAGGAACUGGCAUCUGCUUUAAUGGUUCCUUACAAAGUACAUCAUGUUCACUCUGACCUUGAUAGCAGGCUCUGCCCAAUUUCCUCUCAGCGAUCAUUUAAGUUUUAUCUUAUCUGUUUAACUUUAUGCUUAUGUUGAGUUUCGAAUGGUAAAGGGCAAGCAACAAGCAACCUUAAAAAAAGACAUUAGUCAUUCAGUGUUAGACAGACAGUAGAUUUUUAUAAUAACAUGGAAGCUGAUUGAGAUUAUAAAAUUAAAAGUUUGGCUACACGCAAAGUAUUUUUACGUCUUUGAGUGUUUGGGUUACCACAGGAAAACAAAACUAAGUGAUAGUAGAGUAGAAUCCAAAACAAUAAUCAAGUUUCAGGAUUAGUGGCUGUGAGAUAAAAGGUUUUGAGAUGGCUGAUUAUUCAGUCCCCUGUGGACUAAUUACCACAGUUUUCUCUCUAACCUUCCCCAGCCUAGUUACUGUGCCAAAUUUAGGGGUAAAAAAAGACACUUUUUAAAUUAUACCCCUAUUGUUAAAUUUGAUGAGAGAACAAAGCUGAAAAUGGAACAAUAAAACAUUUAGCAGCUUCUGUAAAACCUAUUAUAUAAACAUAAUAUAUUAAGACGAAACAUAUGUCGCACCAAAAGCAAGUGAUUGCCUUUAUUUUGAAUCUUUAAAUCCUCCAUAAAACAUAGUUUUCAAGUAAAUAGGAGAAAACAGCUAUGAUUAAAAGAGUACACAUUUUGAAGGCUUAGUUUCAUAUGCAUUUAAAGUUCAAAUGAAGCAUUACUAUUAUAGGCAAUGUGAUAUAGCUAGUCCCUGUCAUCCGACCGUCACAUACAAACAGCAUCUGUUCAGAUCGUAAGUCAAACAUGCAGACCCUGUUUUGAUUUUUGAGCUUUACACACACGCAUACACACACAAACACACAUAAGCAGCUGUUCAGAUUUUUUAAAUAUGACACAGCAAAGCUAAGCUUAUACCACAUACUGGAUUUAUAUAUUUCUUUCUCCGAUCGUGCAGUUCUUACAGUUAACCGUCUUUAUCAGGAACCCAUCAGUCCACAUGAAGCAUGCAGUCUUGUCUACACAGCCUCCUCCUGCAAAAGGGGACUUUGUUUUUGAUGGAGCACAAACUAUGUUUUGAAUGUCCCCUAAUAACAGUCCCUCUGUGUCAUUCUUUUUUAUCACAAUUGUUAAGAGACUCGGGCUCUGAAGACUAAACAUCGAGCCUCUUUGAGUCCUGCACUCUCUUCUUCUGCAUAGUCCUGCUCAUUGAGACGAUUAGUUUUUAAAAAAGUGUGCGGUAGUACAACAAAAAAAAAAUCAUUCCUGUUGAAGUCCAGAGCAUUCCAACUCCUAAUCUGGCAGUCAUUUUCCACACUUUUUACUAACCUAACAUUAAGAAGGAUUUCCAGCGCUUCAUCCUUUUCAAGAUCUGUUGGGUAUUUGUUAUGUAGUAGCAAACAACUCCCAUCGCAUCAAAGUUUAUUUAGAAUUUAUAUUUCCCUCAAAUAGAUCCAUUUCAGUUCAAUUUAGUUUUUGCUCUUUUUUGAAAUUUCACCACAAGAUCACAAGCCUCAUAAGCUCUCACUGCAGCUUAUGCUUGUGUGGCCUGGUCCUAUAGACAACAUGCACUAUGCUAACACGGUAGCUCUCUUUUUUUUAUAUAGUGCAGAGAUGUCAAACUGAAAAUAAAUAAGUCGAGACUCUUCUACUUCUACUUCUUCUUCUUCUUCACCACAGUGUUGGUCACUGUCUCAGCCAGCAUGUUCCUGCCAUAACUGACAUGCAGACUUAGAUUUAAUGUUCCCAAAGGGGCUGCUGGUGGCAGUAAAUUUGUAACACGGGGGCCAUGCUAAUCAGAAGAGGUUAAAUGGAGAGAGAGAGAAAAAAAAAAGAAAAAAUUUACUAGACAAUGUUUGUGUUCACAAACCAAAGAAGGGUGAAGAUAAUUUAAGUUUUCUAUGUGUGUGGGGUUCCUGCUGUUGGGCUAGAUUGCUACAGUUUUGUCUCUUAGAUUUUCUAGUUUCUCUUCUCAUUGCAGGGGUGCUUGUGAAAAUGCAUCUGUGUGUUUUUGUCACUCGAUCAGUUGUUCAUAGUUUUGUUGUUGUGUUAAUUUGCCUAUUGUAGACCAAAAUAGAUUCGUCUUUUUUUUUUUUUUUUUUUUUUUUUUUUUUAUAAGAAAUGCAACAAAAUAUAAAAAUAAAAUUGGACACAGUAGCUGUGAUGUACACGUUGGCAUGUUGAAACAUGAUUGUAUUUGUUGCAUUGUUUCUCUCACAAAACAUCAUACUCAGUUAUCAUCGGUUAUGUCUUCUUUACACACACAUUUAGUAAAUCCGUGUAAACCUGUUCACCUUCACACGUCACAUCUGGAUAGUUUCGUUCUUGCAGUUUUCUUCAAUAUUGGCAUCGUGUGAUAUUUUAAGGCUGUCCCUUGAAUUACUAAUCUGAUAUUGUGACCUAGAGUACACUUAGCCAUUUAUACUUGAGACGGACCAAGAUGUUAAGUUUGCACAUAUUUGUAGGUUGUUUUUGAAGCCAAAAAGAGGAAAGAAUAACGACAGUUUCAGCACUUUCAGUCCAAACUGACUGAGGUUCUCUAAAGUCUUUCACUUUCUCUGAAAACACAAAGCAUCAGAGCCAGCCAUCACCAUAUGAUGAAAAUAAAUCAAAACCAAACUGUAACAUGGAUUCAAAUAUCCCUAUCCGACAGUGAUAAAAAAAAGAUGAUAUAUUUUUAUAUGAACACAUCAUCUGUAAGCAGAAUGUAAACCAUUUGGCAAAAUUUGACAAUAUUUUAUUACUGUAACCUCUAAUUCCAGGCAAAUCUGCUGUAUUAUUUUCAUCCUUCGUGUUCAAAAUAGGAAAUUGAAUUACUGUAAUUUUGGCAAUGUUUUGUACCUGAAGUGAAACCUUAGUUUUCUCAAACAUUGACAGUACAAAUCAGACAUUAUUUCUGUCCUAAUCAAAGCAGCUUAGGUUUUAUUUUUCAUCUGGCGUUCGGGCUUUUUGCUGCCAUAUCUUGUGUGUAGAUGCUUUUGUAAACAUGCACUUGAGUUGAAAUAUAAGAUGUGCUUAUAAAUAUGUGUAUAUUUUGUUAGGCUUUUAUUUUUGUUGGCCUGUGUUAGCUUGAUAUUUUAUUAUUUCCCUAAAAUAAAACUUCUAUAUAGUUCUGAACUUGGCAGAAGUGGAGCUGUUGUAGUAAAGGUAGUUAACAUCACAACUAAGCAAACCCUGAAAUAUAUGCUGCAGUAAUGUGUUUUCAGUUUGUUUUUGAUAAUUUAUGCUCCAAGUUGGUUAUCAUUAUUAUUAUUAUUAUUAUUGUUAUGAAACAAGCUUGUUUGAAAUGUAUUGACUGCUGUUUUGAAAUAGGGGAUAAAGUUUUUUUUCUUUUCUUUUCUUUUUUCUUUUUUUUUUUUUAAAUGUAUGUGCAAGGACGUUUUUAUAAUAUGAUUUGUCAAACACUGGACUGGAGUGAGUUUUCCAACAUUUCCAAGUUGAGAGAUGUAUUUGACAGACAUAACUGCACAGAUGACACCCGUUAGCACAGAUAUGAGCUGACACAGAGUUAAAAAAAAAAAAAACGCCUCCUCCCAGCUGUACAGGGGAGGGUGACUAAAAAUUGCUAAAAAUAGGAGUCGUUUAGAUGUGCGGAGUUCAAACAUUUCCUUUGUGCUAGGUUAUUGUGUAAAUUGGGUGAUGGGUAAUAUAUUAUAGGAAAUAUUUAAUGGGGUUUCCUUCUAAAUAGUUGCAUCGAAUGGUGACAGAUUUUAUUUUUCUUUUCUGAUCAAAUUAGUCAGAAAAGUUGUAAAGGGAUACCACUUGACAGCUAUCCAGUUCUUCAAAUCAGCUGGUGUGUUCUUGCUAUGGUCGAGCAGAUAUUGACAGUCGAGUUUCAUUACACCAAACACCACUUCUCAAACCAGAAAAGAGAUUUGCACUAGACUUAUUUUGGUCGUCGCCUAUCAAAAAGCAAUAUAAUUCACUCAACACAUUUUCAAACCAUAGUAUGUGAUGGUCGUCUCGCACCAUUGUAAUGCUGAGUAACUGGUGAUAUUGACUCGUUUUGAUUUGUUGUUUUGUAUUUAAAGGUACAGAAUCAGUCACCUUUUUAAAUGCACAUGACAUCUACACCUUGUUAUUAUUGUUGUUGUUGUUUAUUUGAUUUUUUUUUUUUUUUUUUUUUACCCAGCACUACCCUGAGUAUUAGUGUCCAGAUUUGAGGGGCAUUAAAACCUUUGUUUCCUCCUGUGAUUGUUUUGGACAAAUCAAGCAGCUCUUACAGAUCUGAAAAGUGAGAGACGGGAUGUAUGAGGGAAGGAAUUCAUUUUUCCCAGCAGUCAAGUUGUCUUCAUCACCAUGUAUUCAAAGAUAAAAACACAAAUACCAAAAGAUAAACCCAGCUGUCACACCUUUCCCCUGAAAAACACUCGUCUUCUCUGAAUAUUUGGUCACUUUUUUUUUUUUUUUUUCCUUAAACGGGGAUGUUACAUUUGAACAAAAAUGCUUUAAAGUGAUAACAAGAAAAAAAAAAAUCCAAAUGCACCUUUUGUGGUUUCAACACAAUGUCAUUGGCCACAUACAUGAGAAUCCACCAAAAUGUAUCAUACGUCAUCCUUCUUCAACAAGGUCUUUCACAACAGCAGAAACUGUCAAUCUAAAAAGUCAUUAUUUUGUUCAGCGGAUACAUGUAAAAAAAAAAAUUCUCCAAUAAUUCACAAACAGCAAACCUUCACCAUUUUAUCUGGAUGUAGUAGCUUUUCCUGUUUUUCACCGCUUUGUGGUGUUGUUGAAAGAUGUUGCGGUUUGUCUAAAUAUGUUGCGUGUUAGAGGAAGCAUAAGUAUGUGCCUUCUUGUAAUCUCCUUGGUGAGCUUGUUAUUAUUGAGAAGCUGAAGCCAGCCAAUUGUGUUUGCACUAAAACCAAAUUGCUUUUGUGAUGUAGACUAUUUAAGCAAGCUUGUUGCGUCACUUUAACCGUACAGUAUGCAUGAGGGUGAAAUUGGUAAGUCUAGGGCUAGAGCUCUCAUCUGUUGACCUGUAAACCAGUGCAGCUUAGAGGAUCUUGUGAAUAUAUCUUGGCUUAGUUUCGCAUUCAGUUUUUGAAUUUCAUCUCCUUAUUCAUCAAGUUUGUCACAAUUUCAACAGUUAAAAUCAACAUAAAGUUUGAUAAAAGAAAAAAAAAGAAAAAAGCAAAUAACACAUACCAUGAACACAAUACAGCUUUUACUUUCACAUGCCACAGUUUUAGAAAGUUACACAUCUGCAGUAGAGAUAUUCAUUUCUCUGAAACCAUGGGAACGCAUGAGUAUACGAGGUCGCCUCAAGACUAUUGGUCAAAUUAAUUAGGGUUUUUUUACAAACCUGUAUUUAUUACACAUUUUGUUGACAUCUGAAAAAGGCCUACAUGCUUUGAGUCUUACAAAUGCACCUUAUUCAUGUCAGUCCAUGUGGGGGGAAAAGAAAAAAAAAGAGGCUGGCAGUGUAAUAUCUCUGAUUUAGCACCUUACUACACAGCAUGUUUUCACUUUAUGCCAGUUUAGCUAUUCUUCCAUAUGUAUGAUUUCAAAAUUAAAAUCUCAUAUUUUGUGAAAUUGUUUCAUGGGAUGUGCCAAAGUUUGGAGGCGAUCUCACAAGUGUUUAUGCUUAUCAUUUUCUUUUCCUCCUCCUUCAGUUAUAGCAAUGGUAUGUCAAAACUUUCCUAUAACAGUGUGUGGAAUCAAUUUAUCUCAGCAAACAGUAUCAUUACUUGCCAUUUUACAAUAAGCCCUGUAUUUCACAUAUAUUUACCAGUGAUGUGUAUUUGUUAUUAUAAAGAAAAUAGCCGUAAAAGCUUCAUUAUGUUACAUAAUAUUGUGACUUUUUUCGAAAAACUGUGAAGACUUAUCUUGCAUAUACUUUAUACAGAAGUAUUAAGCCUUAAUACAAAAGACUAAAAAAAGUGUGGAAGAAUAAACUGAUUGUUGCUAAGUAAGGAUGAUUUUUGUAAAUGUUACCAGCACUUUUUUUGUAAUUUUCACUCUCUGAGGUAUUGUACAAGUUCAAGCUGUUUGUGAAGUUUGAUUAUGAAGGAAUAAAAACU